AUGACCACUACCAUGAGAUCCCACCGAAAAAGCAAGAUUUAUAAUGGGAACGUGGGUAAGAAUACAAAAGAUAUCUUGCAACGAGCAAAGGUGAAAAAGAGACCCAUUGAUCUUGUCCUUAAUGAUCUCAAAGAGUCCUUUAGCUCAGAUGGCAAUGAAAGUACAUCCACCAAUGAUGAAGAACUAUACCCAGAUAAAUCCAAAAGGCUGAAAGAUGCUAAAAAGGCACUUUUAAGCUUGGACAGUGACGUGAUGCAUGCUUUGGAAGAACACAGCUCAACUUCCUCUGAUGAAGAAGCUUCAAAAUCUAGGGGAAGGAAGGAGAGGGAAAAUGAAGAGGUGGUAUUGGGCCCAGAUGCUAUUAAGUUAGUUCAAAGUAUAGAAACGGAUAAGAUUCAACCUGCCCUAGAACUUAACAAACAGUUAUCUGACCUUAACGAUGAUAACGAUGCUAUUGAUGGAUUUGUUGACAAAGUUAUUGAAAAGAGAAGGAAAGAAGAUGAGCAGCGUCACAUCAAACCCAAGACUACUAGAGAUGAGAUUUUGAAGAAGUAUAGGGUAAGAAAGCGCUACAUGAAGAAAUUUAAACUUCCUUCUUUGUUAUACGGGGCAGAGAUAAUUGAGAAGAUACAACCUCAUUUACCAGUAGUGACGGAUAUCCUGACUGGGAGACUCAAUUCACCCUUUUAUUACGAGGCCAAGCAAAUCUUUCAGAAAUCUUCGAAACCCUUCUUGUCCGUGGAAGAAUUUAGAUCUUUGGAUUUGAACAAUUUUCUAGCAGGGUUCUACGGUUUUAAAAGACAGAUGAAAGUGGGGGAGGAAAUACUCAGUAAAUAUUCAAGUGAUUUGAAGAAAAGCAAGUCCCCGACUCUUCAAUGGUGGGGGGCUGAGGAUUUUGCCAACUAUGUAUUAGCACCUGAGGUACUAGUGUCCCUAUGUAUUGCUGAAAUGAAGUUACCCAAGAAGAAUGGAACCAUGGAGAAAUCACGCUUGAAGGUCCACGAUUUAUUUGAGGAUACUGUGGAAUACGGUAUCGAAGUUGCGGAUUCGGAUCCCCUGGAAGCAUGGGAGGUCCCCACAGAGGUAGAUCAAUUAAAAGAGUUGGGACUGGACCCUCAGAAGUAUGGUAGCAGCAUGUGGCACCACACAAUAGAGUGA